AUGGCUUGCUACAAGCAUCUCUGCACAAAAAAGCAGAGUUCCCUAGACACACUUCAGUUAACAUCUUUUGUUCCAAAAACGUCUACAUUUGAGAAUAAACAGCACCUUUGUCUGCUGUCGGCUCCCUUUGUAUCUCUGGGAGGACUUUCACCAAAUGAGAAGCAGAUAGCUAAGGUUCUAGCACCUCUGAAGCCACGCUUCUUCCGCAAGCAAGCUGGGCUUACCAAUCGCUGGCAAUUUCCAUUCAGCCCAGACUGUGAUCUACUAGGGAUUGCACAAGCUGCUAAGGCCAACCGAAUUGGUUUCAAUGAGACCCUAAUGAGAAUAAUGUCAGCAGACACACCCAUGUCCCUGAAGGAAGAACAAGAGGCCUGGAAGGCAAAUGCAGAAUUUCGAAAAGACUCUUAUGUACACACUUUUUCAGCUAUACAGCCAAAACAGAAAUCUGGACCCAGGAUUUUCUCCCACCAUGGAAUCCCACAUGAGAUGCUUUUUUCUUACACGCAGAAGAUUACCGAAGGCAUGGAUCCAGAUGUCAUAUUGGACUGCUUGGGCUUCCAAUGGGAGCUUCAUCGCAUGUACUUCUUUAAAUCCCAGGUCCUCUCACAGCUUCUUGCUAAGGCUGUAUGGGACAGUGACUUAGACAUUGCAGAAAGGAAAGCUAAAGGCAAAAAAGGAAUCAGAUGUUAUAAACAGCGUCUGCUAGCUGGCUCGAAAGAUAAAGAACAGAGCAUAUGGAAUGAAAGAAUGCCUAAAGUGACCAUUGCCUUGGAGAUCAGUGAUCCAGAUGUCACUCGAUUUGCUUUUGCUAUUGCACUGAAGAACCUAUACAGUUCUGAACUAGAAGUGAAUGAAGAUGAUGUUCUGGGGAUUCUGGCUACUGCAGAGGUGUUGCAGUUUCCUAGCCUUUUCCAGAAGUGUGUGCAGGUCAUGAGAAGCAGCAUUUGCCCAGCCAAUGUCUGUAGCUAUUAUUCUGCAGGCUGCAAGUACAAGCAGCCCUCCUUGAUCACCGACUGCGAAAGAUGGAUAGAAGUGAACCUUGUUGCACAGCUUGGCUCUCAGAUUCACCUGCGGAAGCUGCCACUAGAAUUACUGCAGAAAGUGCUCAAAUCCUCAAGGUUAUUUACUUUCAAUGAAUUCCAUCUCUUGCGAACUGCAUUAUGUUGGGUCUUCCUGCAGCAAAACCCCAAAAUUCAGAUAAUUCCUUCUUAUGAUACUGUCCUCACCUAUUUCAGUAGCUUACCCAAGAUAUGUGCUUUCCUGGAACGGGAAAUAGGACAGCGAUACAUAGCUAUUUUUCAGUGCCUACGUUUACAUGGUAUCACUUCAAGUAAGCACCUGGAGGAGCUAUGGGAGAUUAAUUUCCUUCCUUUGCCAUGGCUGACAAGGAUUUUGUCUGAUCAUUACCAUGCACUCGAGAAUGGUGGUGAUAUGGCGUUCCAGAGAGACUUUAACACUCAAGCAGUGAGGUUCGGUCUGGUGCUUACACAGGAACCAAGAUACCAUGCAGAAAUAAUCUCCAUUUAUGGAUUCUUCUUUGAGAUAAAAGCAGUAAGACAUGAUGCUUCAGCGUACAGUUUUUACAUGCAGAGAGUCAAACAUGCAGAUCCCAUUAUAUCUUUUUUUACUGCUGAACGCAGCCCUGUCAGCUUAAAACAGGAGCGUGAAGUUAAGUAUGAAAUAAAAGCACAGUGCCAGAUAGAUGGGAAGUGGGAAGAGUUCACUACAGAAAGACUUACUCAAAGGUUUGGCAUUAAGAAACCCUCCUGCAAAAGCACGGUCUUGAAAGCAUGUAUUCCGGAGGUCCCCAUUUAUGUGACAUUUUCUCUUCUCUUUCCAUCAUCAUAAAAGACAGCAGCACUCUGAAGAACUC